AUGGAGCUUCCAGCAGGGAUUGUGCCAAUCGAAAUCUCGGACAAUAAUUGUGCAAGUGUUGUGGCGGCAUUGUCGAGGCAGGAUCUCUUCGAGCAGCGUGGCGGCAUCGAUUUCCAUUGGGCCAUCACGAUUGUACUUAUACAGACUAUACACGUUGUGGUUGAACCGGUGUCCAAAGCCAUCGUGACAAUAUGCAGGUCACAUUGUUGGGUGGAUCGCUUCAGAGAUAAGGGAGGACUACGCGGUCGACUUUCUCGGGCAUCUCAGAUGGCCUUCGUUGCGAUGACUGCAGCUCUAUCAUACAAAUCAUGGUAUAAGGGAGGUACUACCGAAAAGCAGACACCACUUAUCAGUGCUGUCUACAAUGAAGGCAGUCGGACAGAACGAGCACUGAUAUACAACAUUUGCCGAAUAGUGAUCAAAACAUGGCUCUCUGCUUAUAUGAAACUAGGAUAA